AUGGCGCGAGGUCCCUGGGCGACGGCGGCGGUGGUACCCUACAGGGCAGAGAGGGUGAGGGAGAGAGCCGGAGGAGGAGAGGGGAGAAGGGGCGGCGGCGACUGGGAAGAGCGACCAGGCGGGGCAGCCAGGCUCGUCGGCGGCGGGGCGCUCCGGCAAAGGUUCGGCAAGGGAGGCGCGGGGCGGAAGGCGCUCGGGAAUGAGGGAAGUGGGCUGACCGGGGCCUGGAUCGGCCUGGCGGCGGGCCGCGGCGGCGGGGAGGCGAUUGGGGCGACCUGGCGCACGGGGAGUGGCCACGGGCGGCGGCGCAGCCAAUGGCUACGCGCCAAGUGGCGUAGGCGAGGUGGCCGGCGCCGGUUUGGAGGUGGGAGGCUCUGA